ACAACUACAAGCGAUCUGCAGACACACUGAAAGUGAGAGAGAGAGAGAGAGAGAGAAGGACAGUGAGCGAGAAAGAGAAGGACAGUGAGCAAUAGUAAUCGAGAAGCUGAGUAGUUGAGCGCUCAGUGUCUCAGCCUGACCUCUUUGCGUGAGCUGCAGCUGACGACCUGUUGGAGGAACCAGGAACCGGCGUCCAUCUGACGGUCACCACGGAGAUGCACACAGAGAACCACGGACCAGCGAGGACGUCAACCAGACCCACUGGGCUCAUCUGCCGUCUGUUUACUUGUUUGGUAUAUUUAUUUGCGCUUUGUUUUGUUUGCUGUUGUUUGUUGUUGUUUUUUUUUGCGUGUUUCUGGAAAUGACUCUGGGUUUUUGGUCGUGACAAGACGCAUGGAAAUUUGCCCAUCUACCAUAGAGACCUACACACCUCCGAUUCAACUCGAAACCUUAAAAGUCAGACACUAACCGACAUUAACCAACUCUUUUCAAGGACACUCAAGAACUUUUUAUUAAAACAUUUUUUUUUCGUUUUCGUCCGUCAACCCUCCACCCCACCUCUAAGCCACCAGCGAGUGACCCGUGACCCGUGCCCCUUCGACCUUUGACUCUCGACCUUUGACUCUCGACUGCACCUACCAGGCAACGGGGGAGAGACUCAAAGCCAUGGCAGACGGUGGCAUGAUAGGGGUGUAUCCGCAGGUGUUUGUGGUGGACACCCAGGCUCCGUGCGGGCCCCUGCCCGUGCCAGUGUACCCGAGGCGGGGAGGCUGGCGCCACAGGCUCCUGUUCGCCCUGGUGGGCCUCGCGUUGCUGGGGGUCCUCAUUGAGGCCUGCUGCAUCUACAACCUGCACAGGGGCCAUGGAGAGACCAGUUUAGCAGAAAAGAUAAUCUCCAAUGAGAUAGCAGAGAUCAAGCCAGAGAGAAAGCCAGCUGUUCUACUAAAAGGCUCCCAGCCUCCAGAGACGAAAGACAAUGUUCUCCUUUGGACCCAGGAGGGGGAUGGAUUCCGCCAUCAGAUGGACUACAAGGACGGACUCCUGACCGUGAGGAAAGAGGGCUACUACUUCCUGUACUCCAAGGUCGCCAUCUCUGACAUCCACUGUAUACUAGUCAAGCACACAAUCAUGAGGAUCUCAGAGAGAUAUGGGGAUGGGAAGACACCCAUGGAACUGAUGCAGUCAGUGAGGUACCACUGUCCAAAGCCUCUGAAGGGGGACAGACAAGACAAACAGGAGACCCAAGAUGUGACCAGCAGCUACCUGGGCGGGGCCUUCCACCUUUUUACAAACGACUCGGUGUUCGUGAAGCUGGAGGGUGGCCAGAUAAGAACUGGACAGAAGGAGAACUUCUUCGGGGCUUUCUUGUUGUAGAACUCAGCUGGGGGUCAGUUACCUGGUUACCCAGCUGCUUAGUUAUCACCUUGGUAACACAAACAGUAACUAACUCUGGAACAGUGCUGGGAGCGUUCUGGCGGCAGUUGAUUGGCUGUGUGGGCUGUUUGGAGACAAAAUGGGGGGUUAACAAAUAAAGUUAGGCAAACUUAGGUCAGACGAAGUUGGAUCCGACUAAUUCUUGAACCGGUGCCAAAUUCCCAUCUGAUUUGUUUGUGUAGUUUGAGCUGACUUAGAAGAUGAAACAUUCAACAUUCCUAGUCCACUAAAAAAAAAAAAAACAACAUAUAUAUUUACACACACACACACACAUAUUUCGGGAGAGUAGGGGAGAGAGAUGAGGUGGGAUCCAGAAAUAACAUGGGCCAGACUCAAACCUAGGCCUACAUGGGCAGGUGGGCCCAUAUACGGUAACCCGUAGCUCCCUUUUCAGAUUCGAUUUAUGGCAUGGCAGGUCACACAAUGUAACAGCAAUAAUAAUAAUAAUAAUAAUAAUAAUAAUAAUAAUAAUAAUCGAGAGAUUCGAGAGAUUUGAGAGAAAGAAGUGACUCACAAGGAGUUUGACAUCAGCUGUGGUCUACUUAGGGGAAGCGAAACCUCCAUGAUGACACACAACAAGUUUAACUUAUUUAUUUAACAUUUUCACUCUCAGGGAUUUCAUCAGAGCAGAUUGUGUCAGGCGGAGUUUCACAAUUUGUUUUUCAGUCUGUGUGUGGCUCAUAUUUCUGAAUGAUACCUUGACAAAAUCAGGAUAGUCCAGCACUGUGUCCAACUUUAUAUUGAGUGUUCUUUAUGACAGUGUCCUCAAAUAGAUUAUAUAAUAAAGAAUUAUAUGUACUUGUAAAUAUUAUAUAUCAUGUGUUUUAAUAUUAGGUGUUUUUACCCCAAUACCACAAACCUAUGUGUAUUUAUGAAUAUAUAUAAGAAGUAUGUUUAGGAUAAUGCUUGGAUCCUGCUUCAUACGCCUAACCUUUUAACUCAUAAAUGUCAUAAUCUGAGUCCAUAUUUUUGGUGUGAAAUUACCAGAUGAUUGAAGAAAGAUAAAUAUGCACCUUGUGAUGUGUCAAUCACGUUUGCACAGAACUUUCGCCCAUCAGAAAAGUGGUUUGAUUUUUAUUUAAUCUCAUAAUGUAAGUGAAUGAGGUUUCCUCCCACUGAUGAACCAAAAAAAUUGCAUACGAAAUGUUCUUCUUUUAAGGCAUUUGUUAUAAAAUUCGUCACUAAUACAACUACUUUAAUGGUAACAUGACACUCCCAGAUCUUUGGGAAUCAACUGGCAUCACAUGUAUACCAUUUGUCAUUAUGUCCUUCUGUUUAGGACAUGCUUUAUAAUAUCUAACCAAAUGCCUAGAUUAAAUGUGUGCGUCGUUACAAGAUGUAGUUCUCAUAAACAAGCUUAGGUUGCAUAAUAUUGACUAGUUCUGUAUUUGCUUAUCUGGUAACUAUAUACCAUGCAUUGUUGAUCAGUUAAGCUCAAGGCCCAUAAGUACACACAAUGGGUCGUCAAUGGAUAUCAAUCAUACAUUUGUUCAUCACCAUGUUGGACUGUGGUUUCUGAAUUUGUACGGUUGGCUCUAACAAAGACUGGCCUUCGUCAUACAGAAGAGAUUCUGUGCAAGUGCAUACCAAUGCAUAUUACAAAUCUCUACCCUAUCCAUGCAAUGACACACAUGACACACAUUGCCAUGCAUUGCGCAUCUUUUUUUUCCAUUUCUUGAUUAAUGGUUGUUUAUUAAAUGAUUGAUGAAUGAGAUGUUAUGGAAAGAUGUUAUGGAAAGCUGAGUUUAGGUCGUGUCUAGUUUCGGAUGCUCCGAGCGCCCACCGGGCAGGGGAACCGGACGUUAUUGGGACGUAAAUCAGACGGAGGGUCUAAAGAACGAUUAAAAGAACCUCCUCCGCUGUGGUGUGUGUUUCUUUUCUCCCCCUGGUGUCCGUUCGGACGCUCCAAAAUAGACUCAACCAAUGGAAAGCUGCUUGAGAUGAGGAAUGAUGUUUAACCUUCAGCUUUUGACCUUUGGUCUUUGAAAUAUGUUGGGGAAUUUAAGGUGUAUGAAUUGAGCCUAAGGUUGUUGUAUUUCAUUCAUAUAUAAUUUAU